AUGUCCUGCUGCUCGCGGCCGCUCGGAGACCCGGCGGCGGCGCCCGGGCUCUCGGUGCUCGGCAACCGGCCGCACGGCGGCUACCGGCCGCUGCUCCGGGAGCGGCUGCGGUGGCUGCUGGGCCGCGGCGACGUGGCAGAGCGAGCGCAGGCGGAGCUGCACCGGAGCGCCGAGGAGGCCCGGCUGCAGCUCCAGCGGCGCUGCGAGAGCUUCUCCUGGCUGCCGGACGCCCAGGCGCCGGUCCUCCGGUGGACCGGCGCCUCUCUGGAGUCCAUGGAGGGUCAGCCUGCUGCGGCGUACCUGCAGCUGGUGGAGGCGCUGCGCCGCUGGGCCCUCAGAGUCCAGGAGGUGCCCUCGUCCUUCUCCACCGGCGGCCGGCUGCUGGAGGUCCGCUGCUCCGGCCUGAAGGAGCGGCUCGGGCUGCAGCUGAGGCGCCUGGAGGAGGAAGUCCUGCGGCGGCUGCUGGACCGGAUCCAGCUGCUCUCUGGCGGCCUGCUGGCCGACAUGGAGGAGGCUGCUGAGCAGCUCGCCACGGACCCCCGAGACCUCCAGCAGCUCUCCGCCUUCGCCGCCGUGACCAGGGCGUCCGGGGCGUCGUUGGCCGCCACGCAGACUCGCCUGGACUACGUCCGCGCCCUCCAGGACGCCGUGGCCACGGCCUUCAGGCAGAUGACUGGGCCGGAAGUCACUCUGGAGGAAAAGCUGCGGGCCGCGUGGGUCCGCCUCGUUCCCCUGGUGAAGCGAGCGGAAGGCGUGGUGAGCGGCCGCCGCCCCCCUGUGGCCGACGCCUUGGACUCCAUGUUCUCCUUCCUGGCCCGCGACCUGAGGAGGAGGGUCUCCGAAGCCACGUCCGGACCCUUCCUGGACCCGACCCAGAAGGCGCAGCACAUGGCGGCCCAGCUGAAGCUCGUGCGUGUGCACGUGCACGACCUCAUCGCCAAGCUGCAGCGACUCGGCAGCAAGAGCCACGAGCUGCACGAACGUCCCAUGGAGUUGGGCGUGUUGACCGCAGACGUUCAGAAGCUGGACGCCCGCUGUGAGCUGUGGGCGCUGAGGGCGGAGUCCACGGCCUGGAUGGACCAAUGGGAGCAGCUGCUGCUCUGUCAGGUGGUGGUGUCACAGGCCCAAGGGAACAUCUCCAGGUGGAAGGAGCGAGCGCUGUCCCUCACCUGUGUGAUCCCUACCCAUGAUGCAUUGCUGCAGGACACGUCAGGGACGCUGCAGAGCUACAGCUGUCGAGUUGCCUUCCUGUCGGCGCUGCAGAGCCCGUCACUCAAACAGCGACACUGGAAGGACAUCCUCCAAGGCCAGCUGUACGACCCGGAGAAGGAGGUGAAGGUCUCUCAACUGAUGUCUCAGCAACUUGACCACACACGCAUCACCAAGGUGUGCAGGGAUGCCCAGGUGCAGUGCAGCAUGGAGCAGAGCUUCCAGAAGCUUCGGCUGGCAUGGAGCUGCAGACUCUUCCAGCUGGAGAGAUUCAGGAGGCCUGGAGAACCCCGAGGAGGACCCCCGGGCCCAGAGCCUGAUGCCACGCUCAUCAUCAUCGGUCUGGAGCUCCUCUCUGCAGAGAUGGAGAGCGACGUGAUGUCUCUGUCCACCAUGGUGGCGUCCCCGCACAGCGCCGCCUUCAGGCUGCAGGCUCAGGACUGGCUGCGGUCCGCGGCGGCGCUCGGGACGCUCCUCUGCUUGUUUGAGCGGUACCAGCGAGUGUGGGCCUUCCUGACCCAGAUGUUCCAUGACGCAUGCGUCCGUGUCCAGAGGGGCGUUCAGCUGGAGCGCUUCCAGCUGGUGGACUCGGCCUUCAAGGAGCUGAUGCUCCUCGUGUCUCAGGACCGCCGCGUGCUGAGCCUCGUUCAUUCCGAGAACGCAGAGGAGCGUUUCCACGGCGACGGCCUGCACCAGACCCUCAGCGCCGGUCUGUCCACCAUGGAGGCCGUUUGCCAGCAGCUGGGGGGCCUCCUGGAGUCCCUCUGCUCGCAGUUCCCCAGGCUGUGGUUCCUGAGUGACGGGGAAGUGAUCCGACUCCUCUCCGGCCGCCCGGCGCCGGCCGCCCUGCAGCGCUGCGUGAGCAAAUGCUUCAGAGGGGUCCGUUGGCUGGACGUGGAUCGGGACGGGGGGGCGGCGGUGCUGGGCGUGACCGGCGGCCUCCGGGAGCACGUCACCUUCACCGCCCCCGUGGAGCCGCACCCCGACGCCCUGGCCUGGCUCUGUGUCUUUGAGGAGCGCUUGAAGGCGACCAUGGUGCAGCGCGUGGGGCAAUGUGCCGCGGCGAGAAGCCAGCUGGAGGCCCGCGAUGAGGAGGGGCCCCCGGCUGCCGGCAGCACGCCGCUGGGCCUGCUGUCUGCGUAUCCCCUCCAGUGUCUGCUGGUGGCCGAGGAGACGCUCUGGAGCGGGACGCUGCUCCGGGCCGUCAGAGACCCGAACCCAGACGAGCUGCGCCGCACGCAGACACGCACCUCUGUGAAGCUGGGGGCCCUCAGCCGGGCCCUCGGGGGGGGCCCCGGGGCCGAGCCUCUGCUCUCCAAGUACAGGGCGCUGUGUCUGAGCGCUCUGCUGCAGCUCGCCAUGAAGCACGCGCAGCAGUUGACCCGAGUCCUGGAGGCGCAGGGCGAGCCGGAGGCGUCUUUCUCCUGGCUCGGCGUGAUGAAGUACCACGUGGCCGGCGACGGCGAGCAGCCGGCGUGCCGCGUGGACGUGUUGGGCCAUCGACUCCAAUACGACUAUGAGUAUUUUGGGCCUGAAGACUGUCUGAUGGUGCCCACUCCGUCCACAGACCGGGCGGCGCUGGGCCUCCUGCUGGCGCUGGCCAGCUACAGGUGUGGCUGUGUGAGCGGGCCCUGCGCGGCGGGGAAGAAGCUGGCCGUGGUCCAGUUGGGCCGGGCGCUGGGCCGCCAGGUGGUGGCCGUGCCGUGUCUCCCGAGCACCACGGCUGCCGUCGUCCAGCGGAUGCUGCUGGGCGCCCUGCAGGCCGGAGCCUGGCUGCUGCUGGCCUCUGCAGACCGUCUCACACGAGGGGUCCUCUCCCUGCUGGGGCAGCACCUGGUCCACAUCCACCGGUCCGUCUCCAGGUCAACGGGCCGCCUGGAGCCAGAAGCUGGCGUGCUUCUGGCCGGUAGAAGCGUUUCCCCCCGGCCGAGCUACGGCUGCGUCCUCACCUGGUGGACGGGGGCCGCGCCCGAGCUUCCCGAGAGUCUGCGCUGCGCCAGCAGACCCGUGGCGCUGAGCUGCCCAGAUCUCAGGGUCCUCGCAGAAGUCAUGCUGACCUGCAUCGGCUUCUCGGAGGCCUCGUCUCUCGCUCGGCGUCUGGCGGCCCUCCUGGACGAGGAGGCCCUCUCUCGCCCCCACAGCUGCUCCCUCGUCGUGUUGCAGAAGAUCGUCUCCGCCUCUGAAACAAACUUACGACGAAGUGUAAGAGAAGGAGAAGCGUCCCUCCGAGUCGAGGGAGCGGACGGCCCGGCCCCCGAGGAGCCUCCCGGGCGGCGGCGUCCUCACGCCCCCAUCGCCCGAGGCCUCGUGGAGGAGACGGCCGUCACCAAAGCCCUGCUGGCCGUCUUCCUCCCGCUUCUGGACGAGCACCGCGACGCCUCGCGGCUCCGCCUCCUCCUCGGGGACGCGUUCCCUCUCGCCAGCCAGCUCCCUCUGUCCAGCCAGAACAGUGAGGAAGAAGAGCAGCUGACCGAGGCCCUUGAAGAGGAGCUGCAGAGGAGAGCGCUCCACCGGGACGCCGGGCUGAUCCUCGGUGCCGUGUCUCUCUACCAGACCAUGAGGUCCUCGGGGGCCGUGGCGCUCCUGGGCCCCUCCGGCAGCGGGAAGACGACCUGCUACCGUGUUCUCGCCGCGGCCCUCAGUCAGCUGGCUGCCCGGGCCGCGGAACACCGGUUUGAAGAGGACCACGUGACCAGAGGAGACGCCCGGCAGGCAGAUCCAUGGACGCCCGCUGCCACCUGGAGCUCCGUCCAGACGGUGGUCCUCUUCCCUCUCGCCAUGUCCCACGAGGAGCUGUUUGGCCGCUUCUGUGCAGAGAGGGGCUGGCGGGACGGAGCGGUGGCGACGCUGCUGAGGGAGGAGGAGAGGAGGAGGAGCCUCACCGCCGAGACGUGGCUGGUGAUGGACGGGAGCGCCGCGGGCCGCCCCGGCUGGCUGGAUCACUUGACCGCGAUGUGCGGUCCCGAGGACCCGUCUCUGGGCCUGGCUUCAGGGGAAACACUGGCCUCGCACCUGAAGCUCCUUUUGGAGGUCACGGACCUGCGGGACGCCGGCCCCCCCGCGGUGACCCGCUGCGGCCUGCUCCACCUCGCCGCUCCGGACCUGUGGAAGGCCGUGUGGGAGAGCGAGAUGGACGCUCUGCUGACCGCAGGCCGACUGGAUGGAGGAACCCUGGAGACGUGGCGCCGCCUGGCCGAGGAUCUGUUCUCCGGCACGCUGGGCGCGCUGCGGCAGCAGAACCUGAACCCGGCCGUCGGCGCCGGAGGAGAAUCUCUGGAGAGCGUCUCGUACGGACUGAGAGAAAUCACCUCGUUUGUUCGAAUCCUACGCGCUCUCCUGCUGCAUUCUGGGAAGGAAGUGGAAAAGGAAGAGCCGAUCCCACCGACGGACAAAAGCGGUACGACCUCUGGUGAACAUGAAGGUCGUGACCUCGCUUCAUGUCCUCCCUCAGAUGCACCUCCACAAAGCAGACCACCGGACACGGAUCCUCCCGGAGAGCGGCGGCUGGCGGCCAGGAACCUGUUCCUGGCGGCUUAUGUGUGGGGCUUCAGUGGACACCUGCAGGCGCGACACCAGCCUCAGUUCGACGUCCUGGCCCGCCGGCUUCUGUCCUCGUGCCGCGACAACAUCGUGGUCCCCGAUGCAGAGAGCGUGUUUGAACACUUCGUAAACACCGACGGCGAGGUCGUCCCCGAGAACACGGCGCCGACCGCCUGCGUCGUGCCCGAGUACCGGAGGUGUGCGUUCGUCCUGCAGCGGCUGCUGGAGGCGUGUCAGCCCGCGCUGCUCCUCGGGGAGACGGCUGCCGGGAAGACGACGCUGUGCAGAGCGCUGCUGGGCGCCGAGCGGCCCCACCUCCACCUGGCCGCCGGCCCGCUGCUGGGCUCCGGAGAGCUGCGCAGCGCUCUGAGGAACAUCCGCUGCCGGGGGACCCGGGGGGCCCCUCUGGGCCCCGGGGCUAGACCGGCGGGCCUGCUUCUCUGCGUGGAUGAUUUGCAUGAAGCCCCCUGUGACGCUCUGGAGACGCUCCGCCAGAGCGUGUCGACGGGACGCGUCGUCACGUUCGAGGCCUCCGACUUCGAGCCGCUGAGCGCCGCGGGCGUCGGCUACAUGGCGACCUGCUCCGCCCCGGGCGGGCGGGCCGUGUCCGCCAGGCUCUCGCGCCUCUUCUCCGCCGUGACGCUGCCCGGCCUGUCGGCCGACGUCCUUCUGUCCAUCCACGCUCCUCGGCUGCAGCGCUGGCUCCGGGACACGCCGCUGAAGCAGAGCGGCGAGGAACUGGCGCGCCGCAUCGUCACGGCCACCGAACACCUCUACCGAGCGAUCCGCGAGCGGCUCCGGCCGACGGCUCCUCACCUCGUCUUCUCCCACCACGACCUGCAGAAGGUGUUCGGGGGGAUGUGCUUGUGGCGGCCCGACCCCUCGGACGAGGGGCCCCCGCGGCCGCCGGCCCUCCUUCCCGUGGCGCAGCUCUGGACGCACGAGUGCGCGCGCACCUUCGCCGACAGGCUGAGCUCGGAGGACGAGAGGAGGGCGCUGCUGGCCCUCGUGGCCGAGACGGCCGCGGAGCACUUUGGAGGAGGUCGGCCCCGGUCCGACCCGGAGGAGCCGGCGCCCCGCGGCCCCGCGGAGGAGCCGGUCUACGGCCCCGAGCUCUCCGGGGCCCCGACGCCUCGCGGCUUCCACAGCAGCGCUCGUUAUCGGGCCAGAGACCUGGACGCCGUGCUGCGGGAUCUGAGGCCGCUGGUCCACGGUCAAGAGGACGGCGGGGGCCGGGAAGUCGUCCACAGACAGAGCGCCCGGCAGCUGCUGCACGUCCUCCGGGCGCUGCUCCUCCCCGGAGGUCACGGCGUGCUGAUGGGCUCCGGCGGAGGCACGGGCCGUAAGACCGCGGUGCGGCUGGCCGCCCGCCUGGCGGGCUGCCGGCUGAUGGAGGUGCAUUCUGGGAACGAGGACCGGCUGCGCGACAUCCUCAAAGAAGCCGGGAAUCAAACCCGAGCGGACGGCGCUCACGUCGUCCUGCUGGCCCACGAGGGGCUCGGCCCGCACGCCACCGAGCAGCUGCUGCUCGCCAUGGCUCGGCCCGAGGCCCCGGGCCUCUACACGGAGGGGCGGGGCUCCGGAGCGGCUGCUGGGAGCUCCAGGAGAAACCUGAUGGACCGCUUCCUGCUCGAGGACUACUUGAGGCGGAUCCACAGCGGCGUGCACGUGUUCCUGCUGCUGCCCUCCAGCCCGGCGCUCAGCGGACGAGCUCACGACCAGCUGACCAAGGCCCUGAGCCUCAGUAGCUGUGUGGAGGUCUACCAGCCGUGGUCCCACCAGUCUUUAGUAGAAGUUGCGGCUCGAUGUCUCAGAACCAGGUCCCCCCUCCAAAAGGACGCAGCGGGCUCUGCAGCCGGCCUGGCGGCGGCCAUGGCUUCGAUCCAUCAAUCUGCAUGUCGGCACGCCGCCGUCCUCCUCGGAGCUCGGCCCUUCAGCCCUCAGACCUUCAUGCAGCUCAUGGACACCUUUGAUUACCUGAGCAGCCAUCUGCAGAACCAGCAGCAGAGCCGAGCCGCCAGAGUGGGCGGGGCCCUGUCUCGGUGGGCGGGGCUGAGCAGCGCGGCUGAGCGGUGCAGACACGCCUCCCGGCGGCUGCAGGAGGCGUCCUGUGAGGCUCAGCAGCGCCACAAGGAGCUGCAGCAGGCCGCCGCCGGCCAGAGGCGGCAGCUGGAGGAGGCGGAGCAGCGCUGCGUGGAGCAGGAGCAGGAGCUGCGUCUCCUGGAGGAGCAGAGCGCUCCCGCACAGGUGGGGGCGCUGUUCAGCGCCGGCCUCGGCGUCCUCCGCCGUCUGAGCCCGUCGGACCUGGAGGAGGUGCGUCGCUACCGAGAGCCUCCGCGGGGCGUGGUGAAGGUCACGGACGCCGUCUGCCUGCUGUUCCGCCGGCCGCCCGGCUGGGCGAGCGCCCGGCGGCUGCUGGGCCGCGCCGACUUCCUCCAGGAGCUGCGGUUCUUCGACCGCCGGGCCGUGACCCCGGAGCGGCGGCGGCGGCUGCUGGCCCUCGGCCCGGCGCUGGCCCCCGAGGCGGCGCGGGGGGCCAGCCGGGCCUGCGGGUCUCUGUGCCGCUGGGUCCGCUCCGUGGCCCGCCGCCCGGGCCCCCCGCUGCCGGAGGAGCAGCCCGGCGUGCUGCUGCUGGAGGCCAGAGGCCGGCUGCAACACGCCGAGCUGCGGCGGGAGGACGCGCGGCGCCGCCUGCGGGACGUCCUGCUGCAGCUGCAGCUGCUGCCACGGCAACGGGAGGAGGAAGAGAAGCAGCUGCAGGACGAAGAGCGGAGAGAAAGAGAAGCUGCUGCUGCUGCGGAGAGGCUGGAGGCUCACGUCAGAGGCUGGAGGGCUGAGGCUGAGGAGGCGGAGCUUGAUGCUGACACCCUGAGAGGCGACGCCCUCACGCUGGCGGCCAUCGUCUCGUAUCUGGGCCCCUUCGGCCCUGAGGCGCGCUCGCGGCUGCUGGGCAAGUGGAGCGAGCUCUUUGAGACGGGGAGCGUGGACCCGGACCCCGAGGACCCCAGAGAAUCCCUGUUCUCACGCUGUGAGGCCACGCCCCCCUGUGAGGCCACGCCCCCUCAGCGCCCCGUGGGCUUCCCCAUCCCCGUGGCCCGGCGGCUGCAGCGGCCCCUGGGCCGGGCUCUGGGGGUCCACUGGGACGCCCCGCCCGCCACACUAGUGACCGCGCUGCUGCUGUGGAGCUGCGGUGGCCCCUGUGCUCGGCGCCGCCCCCUGCUGGUGGACACGCAGCAGCACCUCGACCGGCGCUCCCCGAGCGGCCUCCUCACAGACAUCACAACAGGAACUCAUCCAACAGGAGAGGAGGCGGAGCUUCAGAGGGAGACGGCGUGCCAGCUGGUGCUUCGCGCUGACGACCCCGAGCUGCUGGAGCAGCUGGACCAGGCGGCAGAGAGAGGACUCAGAGUCCUGGUGACCCACCUGGAGCGCCUGGGUCCCAGUCCGGCCUUCGUGGCCCGGCUGCAGUCCAGACCCGCCCAGCCGGGGUUCUGCCUCGUGCUCAGCACCAGUCUGCCGGCCCCUCUGGUCCACAGCGACUUCCCCCCCGCCCUCCUGGCCCGGGUCAGCGUGGUGGACUUGUCUCUGGGCCUCCAGGACCUCCAGGAGCUGCUGCUGGUGCAGCUGCUGCAGGCGGCGAGCGGCGAGCUGCUGACUCGCCACCUGCGGCUGCAGAGAGACGAGCGGCUGCUGCCGGAGCGCCGGGCCGCGGCGGAGGACGCCCUGCUGGACGCCGUCCUGCGGUCCGACUCCUCGGCGCCGCAGGACGGCGAGGAGUCGGUCUGCCGGGCGGCCGACGGGAAGCGGCGGGCGGCGCUGCGGCGGCACGAGAUCCGGCUGGCGGCGCUGCGGCGGCUGGCGAGGCUGGCGGCGUCUUUCUACGGCGCCCUGCGGGACGUGGCCCGCCUCUCUCCCGCCUACUUCUUCCCGCUGCGCGGCUUCGCGGCCGCGGUGCGGGGCGCCCGGGUCGGGCUGGACGGGGGCGUCGCCGAGGUCGCGAACCGGCUGGCGGCCCGGCUGCUGGCUCGGUACGGACCGGGUCUCGCGAGGAGCCACGUGGCGGUUCUGGAGCUGCUGCUGUCGGCGGCGCUGCUCCGCCACCGCGGGCUCUGCUCCGAGGCCGAGAGGGCGGCGCUGCUCGGGGGCCUCGGAGGCCUGAGGCCGCCCGGCGCCGCUCGCCCCGCCGCCGCUCUGCCCGGCUGGAUCCCGGCCGCAGUCCGCCCGCAGCUCCUGGUUCUGGAGGAGGUCCCGGGCUUCCGAGGGCUGGUGGCGUCCCUCUCCCGCAGCCCGGCCCAGUGGCAGCGGUACCUGCGCCUCCCGUCCUGCGGCGCCGCCGGGCCCGUGCCCUGCCGGUCCCACGCCCACCUGAGCCUGCUGCAGCGGGCGCUGCUCUGGAGGACGCUGCUGCCCGGCUGCCUGGGGGGGCUGGCGGAGGCCGUGGCGGCCUACCCCCCCCCUCUGCCCGGGGGCCCCCACGCCACGGCCCCACGGGCCCUCUGGCACUACGUUGGCCAACACGAGGGGCCCGUCAUCCUCAUCGUGCCGCGCCACAGAGGAGGCGGGACCGGCGCUCAGCCGCUUCACCUCGUCAACGCGCUGGCUCGCUGCGCGGGGGAGACCACCACGGUGGAGGUGGUCUCUGUUGGCGCUCCCUGUGACCCGGAGGUGGUUCUGAUGCAGCUGAACGGAGCGGUUCUGGAGGGGCGCUGGCUGGUUCUUCAGUUGUCAGAGAGACCGGACGGGGAAGCAGCGGCUCGCCUGAUCCAGCUGCUCUCCUGCUUCAGAGAGCAGCGCCGCCCGGCCCACCCGGGCUUCAGGUUGUGGUUCAUCACUGGAGAAGAAGAGACUCACUUCAUACCAGCGGCCGAGCGCCUGCGUGCCCUGCGCCUGGUCUGCCAGGCUCCUGGAGGCCUGAGGGAGGAGCUGCUCCGGUCUCUGGCUCAGCUGCCUCGGGCGCUGCCGCCGGACGCCGUGGCGCCGCUCGUCCGCUGCGCCGCCUUCCACUCCGUGUUGCUGCAGAGCGGCGAGCCGCUGGCUGAGGGGCGGAGCUACCGCUGGACCCCUGAGGACCUGCUGGCUCUGGUGGAGGCUCAGGUCUACACCUGCAGCUCUGAGGCUCUGCAGCACAUCGCAGGCCGCCUGGUGCACGGCGGCCAUGUUGUGGACUCUGCAGACCUGGAGCUGGUGGACAGCGUGGCCAAGACCCUCUUCAGCAGAGGGUCUCUCUGGGGGGGCGGACCUCACGUCGCCACACAUCCUGAUCCGUCAGAGCUGCUGCAGAUGUUGGACCAGGACCCGAUGGGCCUCCAGGACCUUAAGGACCCUCUGGGCCUCCAGGACCUCCAGGACCUGCUGGACCUCUGUGUUCUGGGCUUCGGAGCCCAUGUGUCCGCUGAGAUGACGGAGAUGAAAAGCUGUGAUCGGGACCUGGAGUCCCUCCUCCGGGCCUCCCAGACCCCUCUGGGUCUCCAGGACCCCUCUAGUACAGACCUCUCUGGGCCUCCAGGACCCCUCUAGUAGACCCCUCUGGGCCUCCAGGACCCCUCUAGUACAGACCCCUCUGGGCCUCCAGGACCCCUCUAGUACAGACCCCUCUGGGUCUCCAGGACCCCUCUAGUACAGACCCCUCUGGGCCUCCAGGACCCCUCUAGUACAGACCUCUCUGGGCCUCCAGGACCCCUCUAGUACAGACCCCUCUGGGCCUCCAGGACCC